AUGGCCGCGAAGUCAUGUGAGAAGGAUGAAGACGUCGCAAAGGGGGUGGGCUAUCUCGGCCGGAUCAGCCGACCGAACAUCGGCGGUGAGUUCGGGGGUUCACGAAGAAGGUUUCCCCAGAUGGUCCGUGAUAAGCACGACGAGGAGAAUUACAGGGGGUCCGCUGCUGCCAAAAAUGCUUCGCUUCAGCGCACCUUCCCACUACGGUCGCUAUCGGCCCCACCAAUUUCCUCUCCCGCCCCUGUCCCAGACACCGGCAUCCCUCCCGGCACCGAUAAGCCACCCCGCGACGCCCACAGUUUCUUGUCCCGCCUCCGUGUCUUGUCUUUAACCUCUCCUCCCCCGCAUCUGUCAUCGUCAUUGCCGGAUCCAACGUCUUGGUACUCAACCUCAGCUCUUGGCUUUCGAUCUGUCACGCAAUCUCCAUCAACCAUGGCGACUCAUACUUUGCCCGUGCGCCUGAACCCGUCCAGCCACUCGGACGGCGACUGGGUUGAUCUCAAUGAUGGACAGCAUGCCCCGACUGUGGCCGCCACGGCCGAGUCGGAGUCAAUGACGGAGCGCAUCCAGCGGGUCAGUUUUGAUGAGAAGAACCUAUUCAAAUUCUACAACAUCAAGUUCUCGCCAACCCGGUACCAUCGAUUGAAGAAGUACUAUUCAGAAGAACUCGAGGAUUUGUUUGAGGCGCCCUUUGAUACUUAUAAUCAAGAGGAUAAGGUGGACUUUUUACUCCUUCGAAACUAUCUCAGACGAAACCUACGUGUACUGGAACUAGACCGCCAGCGAGAUGAGCAAGUUAGCCCGGUCUUGCCCUUCACCCAGACCAUCAUCGACAUGGUCGAGGACCGUCAGCGUCUAGUCCCCGUCGACAGCAAGCAGACCGCCAUGAUCCUCAAUAAUACCACCAAAAAAGUCCAGGAAACAACCAAGGCCAUCCUAUCGAACGACAUCAAGGCAAAUGAGUCAACUUUUGCCAGGGCCAUGAGCACUGUUGACCAGCUUCGUGGCCACGUCGACGAGCUUCAUGGCUUUUACUCUCCAUACGACCCACUCUUUCCCUGGUGGAACGAGGCACCAAAGAAGAGCUUCGAUGAAGCCCUCACGGGAAUAAAAGCGGCAUUGGAGGCCAAGUUGAAUGAGAAAACCGGGCCCGGGUCUAUCCGUGCUGCAGUCGAACCGAUUGGGCGCGAUGGCCUGCUCAACGAGCUCGAAGCGGAAAUGAUCCCCUACACGCCCGAGGAGCUCCUCAAAUUGGCCAAAGAACAGUACGAUUGGUGCGAAAGGGAAAUGAAGAAGGCUUCAAGGAGCAUCAAACGCGACCAAGUGGGCUCCAUUGGACCGGAUUCCACCGUAUCGGCUGAUCAAGCUGACGACGCCUCACCGGGGUUUGGCGACAACUGGAAGGCUGCACUCGAGUAUGUCAAGAACAGUUAUGUUGAACCUGGCCAACAACCAGAGCUUGUUCGACAGCUGGCUCGCGAGGGCGAGGAUUUCGUUACCAAACAUGACCUUGUCACCGUCCCCAGCGUCGCCGCUGAAACAUGGCGCAUGUUCAUGAUCUCAGCGGAGCGCCAGAAGGAGUCUCCAUUCUUCCUUGGCGGACCGUCGAUUCUUGUCUCUUAUCCCACCGCAGAGAUGGAUCACGACUUGAAGAUGAUGGUGAUGCGCGGAAACAACCCCCACUUCUCUCGGGCGACAGCUUUCCACGAGCUCAUCCCCGGACACCGACUUCAGCUGUUCAUGGCAAAGCGCCACCACCCGUACAGGCAGCUCUUCGAGACACCGUUCUUUGUAGAGGGCUGGGCCAUGUAUUGGGAGUUCGUCUUCUGGAAUAGAGGCGACUUCUUCGUCUCCCCCGAGGACAAGAUUGGUACCCUCUUCUGGCGCAUGCAUCGAUGCGCUCGAAUCAUCUUCUCACUGAAGUAUCACUUGGGUGAGAUGACUCCUCAAGAGUGUGUUGAUUUGCUCGUCGACUGGGUCGGACACGAGCGUUCCAAUGCUGAGGGCGAGGUCACGAGAUCAUUUGGAGGCGAAUACUCGCCACUUUACCAGGCGGGAUAUAUGUUGGGAGCGUUCCAAAUGUACGGCCUAAGGGAGGAGGCAUUGAUGAAGGGAUUGAUGGGCGAGAAGGAGCUCCACGACAAGAUCUUGAGAGCAAACACGAUGCCGAUCGAACUGCUGCGAGCGCUUGUGCUGAACAAGCCGCUGACCCCGGAUUACACGGCCAAAUGGAGGUUCUACGACUCAACCCAUGCCGCUGGAAAUGCGGGGAGCGUUGCGGGGCGCCUCGGCCUUUCGGGGCAUCUCGAGCGGGAGACGGGCAAUCUGACAUGGAACCAUAACUACACCAGCCUCCGCCCUACAUCACGCGGGCCCAACUACCAGAAACCCGCAAUCUGUGGUUCCAGUCAGUCGGCUUGUCUCGUCCAAUGUCUGAUCAUGGAUAACGGCGCAGAGCUCGGCCACCAAGGCGAAGCCACCGACGCGGCCCAUGACGACUCCGGCGGUGCCUCGGAGGCCGCGGCGGCCCUGGCUUGCAACUGCUGCCGGCGCCGCAAGCUACGAUGCUCCCGUGAGGUGCCGAAUUGUCAGCAGUGCCGCAAAACGGGAAGUGAAUGCGUGUAUGAGUCCAAGAGAUCCAAACCCGGGAUGAAGGCCGGUGCUAUUGAAAAUCUCCAUCGCAGACUGGAUGCCUUGGAGAGAACGGUUCAUCAACAGAGGGCGAAUCCCCCGGACCGAGAACAAAGACAGUCUGGGUCGGAUAACUCUCCCAAUCGAGAUUACCCUGGCAGUACCACCGAGCUUGAGAAGAACGCUUACAGCAUCAUGUCAUUCUUCGCUAAAGAGCUGCAAAAGUUCAACACCAAAGCCUCUGGCCCAAUCAGCGGAGCACAUCACCAAGGGGCGGAUGACCAGCCCCCGCGGACAAAGCGGCGUCGCCUCGAGAGUCAUGAUGAAGCAUAUCCUUCACAUGGUAGCAAUAUACUAGCACUACCGGAAGAAGACAUUCUGCAGAUCGUCUUCCAGGCUUAUUUCUCACAUGUCCAUCCAUGGAUUCCUAUUUUACAUGAAGCUACAUUCCGUCGACGACUUGCUGAGCCUCAUGAUUUCGAAGCAUUGAGGGUGGUGUUACACGCGAUGGUUUUAGCCGGUUCCCGGUAUAUUGCUGAUGAGGAUACUGCCACGACCGCCUUUGGAGCUCCGCAGCAGCGAGUGAUGGCAAGAGACUGGGUCGUUUCUCAAGCAAUGAAAACCCUCACAGUUGAAAGUCUACAGGCUCUCAUCAUCAUCGCCUUCAACGAUAUCGGAAGCGGCGAGGCGGCCCAAGCCUGGUCUCUCGUAGGCUCACUUACACGGACCGUCGAGUACCUCCAACUGACAAUCGAGCAUGACGACGCCGAGAGACUUUCCCUAUCCCAACCUUUCGUCUCGUUGCCGCCACCAGACAACUGGACUGAAGCCGAGGAGCGGAGACGGGUCUUUUGGAACGUAUUUAAACUCGACCGUCUCAUCUCCGUCACCAUGGGUUGGAACACCAGCCUCACCUCCGACGACGUCCACUGCCGCCUCCCAUGCGACGGUGUGCUCUGGAGAAAAGAAGACCGAGUCGUCACCCCCUACUUCGGCAUAUGGGACAAAGCCGCCGGGCGCAUCGGAAACCCAAUCGCCUUCAUCCCCUCACACUAUGCCCAAACAUCCCAAAUCAACACCGAAGAAGAAACCCAAACGCCAUCCGAGGCCGGCACCUCUCCCGGGGCCCAGAUCCCCAGCGUCGACAUGUCCACCGUCGGCGCCUUCGCCUACUGCAUUGAAGCAACCGAGUCUCUGAGCCGCGUCACGAGUUACUUCCUCCAGCAAAAGGUCAACAUGCGAGACCAGCGGGACAUCAGCAGCUGGCUCACCCGCUUCAAGGAGCUCGAUCUCCGCCUGGUGCACUGGAAGAUGCUGCUCCCGCAGAAGUGGAAGGCGAACAUGGCCCGCCAGUCGACGCGCAUGGACCCGAACCUCACGCUGGCGCACGUCACGCAUAACACGUCCAUGAUCCUGCUCCACCAGCUCAUCGCGUUCCCGCCGCGGGAAUGGGCUUUCCGGGCCCGGCUGCCGAGCAUCUUGAGCAUCGACACGUGCCAGGCUGCAGCUGUCGAGAUCGCCAUCAUUGCGGAGAAUUAUCUGAAGCACGCCCCACCGACGAUGCCGGUGUCUAGUCAGUUCGCGUUUUGCAUUUACGUGGCUGCCAGGGUGCUGCUCCUUCGAUGGAGGUACGACCUUGGCGGGGAGCUGGUGCCCGAGUUCUGGUGUCUGGUCCAGAUCCUCGACGAGAUGGCUGGUCGGUGGGCUGGUCCUCAUAGCCUAGAGCCGGCUAGGGACAACCUGGCUGGCAAGUAUUCUCGAAAACUCACCGAGAUGCAUUCUCGAUGUCGCGAGGAUGCAUCAUACAACAUCAACGUUUUGGGGUACACCACCGAGAUUGACCACACCAGCUCCAAGGACCCGCCGGUGUUUCCGAAACCAGCUCGGAAUGGUGUCGCAAACCAAAGCAGAUCCAAUCAUAGAUCGAAUACCGCAAUAGUUGAUCCUAACUUGUUACCGGCGACAGAGCCACGACAGGGCAUGGCUCCCAACGCCGACAGUAUAGUGGUCGCUCAGCAGUUCGCUCCUCCAGUUGUAAACUCCAACCCAAACUCGGGAGGAAUCGUCGUUCAACCAGCAAUGGAGAUGGAGACAAUGGCUCAGUCCAACGUCUUUCACAGAAGUAGCGUAGGAAGCGGCGAACUCAGCAGCAUAUCCCAAAUGCUUCUCGACCAGCAAUUUGUCGACAUGGACCGGAUCAUCAGUUUCGACGACGGCAUCUUUGGCACCGAAUAUGAAGGCGGAGGGUGGUAA